ACUGUCGAAAGCAUUUCAAAAACUAAAAACGCAGUAAAAUUAUGCUUCAAAACGAUGCAGUCCGAAACCUGCAGUAUGACAGCGAAAUACGCGUGGCCCAGCAAUCAGAUCCUGUGGAGCCGAGGGUAUUCAACGGUCCGAUUAGCAUAACAUCCCAGCCGCGUCCCACACGGGAGGCGCCACGAAUUCCCCUGCCGAUCUCAACAGUUGGCGGUACACGCACAUUAAUACCCCUGUCUGGCUACGAUUGCCUAGCCGAUUUGCCAUCGGUGCAUAUUGAACAAACUUUUGAAUUAAAUGAAUCACUCACAGCUGUCUCAUCGGAAAAUCGUUACGUUGUGCGCUCGCCACUAGGCGAUGCUAUUUUCGCAGCCUCCGAAAGCUCCACUGAGAAUAGCCGUUUAAUUUGGGGCUCAGGUCGUCCAUUCCAAAUGCAUCUGCUAGACAAAACGCACCAGGAGGCUUUGGUGUUUCGCAAAAAAUUGGCCCUAGGCGUAGUCUGCUGCAAACCAAAAAAUCUUGAAAUUUGGAUACCUCCAGGAAACUUACUGGGUCGUGUUGUAGAAUCGCCAACAUUUAUGCAGCCCGAGUUCUUUAUUGAGGAUGGCAAUACAAAUGAGCCUAUCUUCUGUGUAGUCGGACCGUCGAAUUCGGGAUGUUGUUGCUUCUGUUUGCCAAAGGAGUCUUAUUUUAAGAUUCAUUCCGGCGGGGAUUUGCGGGCUUCCAUCGAUCACAAAUGGCUGGCCAGUAAAUCCCAAUAUACCACCAACAUUUACUUCAGUGACAUGAAGCUGACGAGCAAGGAACGCGCAUUGAUUUUAGGAGCAGCUUUUUUGCUGGAAUACAUGUUCUUUCAGAAGCGCUUUUGAAUGGCGGUUUUCACGGUUGUUUUCAAAGAUUGAUAUAUUUUAUGCUUUCACAUAUACAUUUACAAUAAUGUAAUAAAUCAC